CGCUGGAAAAAGUUUAGUGUUUUUUCUAUAUAAUAAAACAUUAUUUGCAAUCAAAAUUAUCAAUAAAAGUUAGUGUAGUUAUUGAUCUACAAGAUGCCAAAGGGAACAAAAGAAAAGACCUAUAAGGACAAGCCCUACUCUAAGGAAGGUCUUAGGAAUGCCUUGCAGUGUGUACGAGAUGGUUCUACCAUAGCAUAUGCAUCCAAAACAUUUAAUGUCCCAAGAACAACACUGCACAACAAAUUGACUGGCAGAUACCCGGAAGAGUGCCCCAAUGGCAGGCCAAACGACGCUUACAAAAGAACAAGAAGAAGAGCUUGUCAAAUGGAUCCUGGGAUGUGCGGAUGGCUGGCAUCCCAUCGGGAAGGAACAAGUUCUGGACAGCGUUAAACUCAUCUGUGAGGUCUACAAAAUUCCAAACCAUUUUACAGCUGGAAGACCCGGAGACGUUUAGUUCAGGAAUUUUCUUAAGCGUCAUCCAGAGCUCAGCAUGCGCAAGCCAAAAUCCUUCUCAUUGGAAAGAGCUACUGUUACUGCUGAAGACCUCACGGAAUGGUUUCAGAAUUGUCUUGGAUAUUUCACAGAACACAACCUUCUGAGCAUUUCACCAGACCGUGUUUUUAAUUGCGACGAAAGUGCCUUCUUUUUGACACCGGAAGAUGGAAAUGUCCUGUCCAGGAGAGGUUCACGUGUAGUUCCAUCUCUUAAAAAUUCAGGACCGAAGCAAUGUAUCACAGUACUCUUCAUGGUGUCAGCUACUGGCGAACUUGCUCCUCCAAUGGCUGUUCAUAAAACUGACAUUACUCCAAAAAUUGCCAUUCACAACGCAGAAGGAUGGAAAAUGGGAACGUCACCACAGAGUAGCUGGAUGGAUGGGCCACUUUUCUAUGCUGGUCUUUAUUUCCCGAAAAUUGUUUUCCAACAUUCAGAGGAGUCCAUUAUCAAUAACCAGCACGAUCAGGCCACCGACAAUAAUCCUUCAAAUGAUCCAGUCAUCCCUGGAAACCAACUCUCUGCAAUUUCUGAGACUCAACCGAUCUUCGACACACUAAAACAAUGCUAUUUCUGGCCAGGAGAAAUUCCAAAACGUCGUCAGAAGAAGAGGGUCAAAGCCAGCAAUGUCAAACACCAGUAUAUUGUAUCUUCCGAGGAAAUUAUCGCGGAACAGGAGGAAAAAUUGAGGCAGGAUUUACAAAAAAAGAAAGAAAUUGCUGAACGGAAGUUGACCAGAGAGAGGAACAAAAAAAUAAGGGCAGAAGAAAAGGAGAUAAAACUAAAGGAGAAAAACAUGGUAAAGGAAAAGGCUCAAAUGCCAAUUGAAGCUGAAAAGAAAAAACGUGGGAGGAAGUCAGCCAAGAAAACCGAGGAAAAAUCAAAGAAUUGAGUGCAAUCUUAAAAUAAAUAAAAAUAUAUAUAAUUAAAUAAUAAAUUAAUGAAAUGAAUUGAUGGAAUAAAACUCUAAAAAAAUGUUUUUGAAAUAAUAUCUUCUCAUUUUUAUGCAUUAAACUUUUCCUUAAAAUGAGCAUCCGAGUUUCAUCGAAUUCAACGGA